AUGCCUUGGGACCUCGUCACACUGAAUUCCGGCUACGUUAUGCCGAGUAUUGCUUAUGACACCGCUCAGGGGUACGGAAAUGAGGGUGAGGUAGGUAUCGCUCUUCACGAAAGCGGUCUAUCGCGCGGAGAUGUAUUCAUAACGACUAAAUACUCUGGCUUCGAUGGACUCGACAUCCAUACUGCGAUCAGAAACAGCAUAAACAACAUCGACACGCCUUACGUAGACCUAUACCUGAUUCAUAACCCACGCCUCGCGGUACCGGACAUCCCAACAGCGUGGGCAGAAAUGGAGAAAGUGGUGGAGGAUGGACUGGCAAGGAGCAUUGGUGUGAGUAACUUCGGUGUACAAGAUCUGGAAAUUCUGUUGGCGUCUGCGAAAAUCAAACCUGCUGCGAACCAGAUCCUUCUCCAUCCCUAUGUUUACCAGAAACAGGCGCCUAUAGUGAAGUAUGCUGCUGAACAUGGCAUUGUCAUCGAGGCAUACAGUGCCCUCCAACCCCUCACCAAGGAACCUAGUGGCCCGUUAGAUGCUCCACUAAACGAGAUCGCCACCCGACUUGGGGCAACUACGGACCAGGUGCUUCUCGCUUGGACAAAGGCUAAGGGCGCAGUUAUCGUCACAACCAGUUCCAAGAAGACACGUUUAGAAGGCUAUCAAGAUGCAGGCGAUAUUGAGCUUUCAAAGGAGGAUAUUGCUGUGAUUGAUGCUGCUGGCGCAUUGGGCGAAAAGCGGAUCACCGCUAGAAUAGGGCUGCGGAAGUUUGGCGUUGGCGUCCUAGUUGGGGUUGUGGUGUUGGGCCUUUGCAGUUAUUUCGGAGUAAGGAUUGACAAAUCGUUGUUGGAUCUGCUAUUAUGCUCCGUCGCUCGUUAAGACAUUUCAUUUGAAUAAGUUUGUAGCCAGAUUUACACCGUGCACGGACAGUCCUGAUGUGAUGAGCACUGAAAGGCUAGCAAAUGAUUGUGACAUGAUCAGUCUGAAC